AUGAUACCCGAAGAUCCUAUGUUUCGUGAUUGUCAUGCCAAAGUAAAAAAUGACCAACGUUAUUGGCCAUUUUUUAAGAAUGCUAUAGGAGCGAUUGACGGUACACAUGUGUCAUGUGUAGUUAGUGCUAGUGACCAAACCAAGUUUAUCAGAAGAAAAGGGUAUCCAACACAAAAUAUUAUGGUUGUAUGUGAUUGGAAUAUGUGCUUCACUUUUGUGUUAGCUGGUUGGGAAGGUACUGCCCAUGAUGCUCGUGUUUUUUAUCAAGCUCUUACAAAGAAAGAGCUUAAUUUUCCACAUCCUCCUCCGGGUAAGUUUUAUUUGGUAGAUUCUGGGUAUCCAACACCAGUAGGAUACAUUGGUCCUUAUAGAUGUGAACGCUACCAUCUUCCCGAGUUUAGACGUUCAAAUGGAUUUGAAAAUCAUAAUGAAGUAUUCAAUUAUUACCACUCAAGUUUAAGAUGCACAAUAGAAAGAACUUUUGGGGUGUGGAACGAUAGAUUUGCAAUCCUACGUCGCAUGCCGAAGUUCAAAUAUGAAACACAAGUUCAAAUAGUAGUCGCAACAAUGACAAUACACAAUUUUAUCAGAAGAACUGUUGAAGUGGAUAGUGAUUUUGAUCUUUAUGAAGAUGAAAACACGGUCAUUCACCAUGAUGAAAUUCAUAGAUCAAAUAACUUGAAUCCGUCACAAGUUUUCAAUGUAGCUUCUUCGUCAGAGAUGGAUCAUGUUCGAGACUUAAUUCAUAAUCAAAUUAUAGAGUUUAGGUUAAAUAAUUAG